GAUCCGGGGUCAUGUGACCGGCUGCUCAUAUGACCUGCAGUGAUUGUUGGUGUGCGGAAGCUGCAGUUUAACCUGCUGAGAACCAAACGGCCCGAAAGACUGUCUGUUCCACUGGAGAACCUGUUUCACUGGAGAACCUUUACACGAGCUCCACGAUGUCCCUCUGGCUGCUGGCUGUGCUGCUCGGCAUGCUGGGAAGCGAGGCAGCUCGGGACCAGGAUGAAGUGAAGUUCCUGCCCGGCCUGCAGAAGCAGCCCAGCUUCAGGCAGUUCUCAGGUUACCUGAACGUGGCCGACGGGAAGCACCUGCACUACUGGCUGGUGCAGUCUCAGGGUGACCCAGCCAGCGACCCCGUGGUUCUGUGGCUGAACGGUGGGCCGGGCUGCAGCUCGCUGGACGGCCUGCUGACCGAACAUGGACCCUUCCUGGUGCAGGAUGACGGUGUGUCUCUGGAGUACAACCCCUACUCCUGGAACAAGAUUGCCAACGUGCUGUACCUGGAGUCUCCAGCAGGGGUUGGGUUCUCCUACUCUGACGACAGGAACUACAUCACCAAUGAUACCGAGGUGUCCAUGAACAACUACCUGGCUCUGAAGGAAUUUUUCCGGCUCUUUCCGGAGUUCCAGAAGAAUGAGCUUUUCCUGACCGGAGAAAGUUACGCAGGGAUCUACAUCCCGACGCUGGCCGAGAGGGUGAUGGAGGACGCCAGCCUCAACCUGCAGGGCAUUGCUGUGGGAAAUGGGAUGUCGAGCUAUGAGAUGAAUGACAACUCUCUGGUGUUCUUCGCCUACUACCACGGCCUGCUGGGAAGUCGCCUGUGGGCGGAGCUUCAGGCCUCCUGCUGCAAGGAUGGGAAGUGCAACUUCUACAACAACCCUGACCCCAACUGCACCGGCAGCCUGGCGGAGGUUCAGCGGAUCAUCUACUCCUCUGGUCUGAAUCUGUAUAACCUGUACGCCCCGUGUCCAGGAGGCGUCCGACACAGAGUCAGUUCUGACGGAGGCCAGCUGCUGAUCAGGGACCUGGGAAACAGCUUCAUAAAGCACCAGGGGGCGGAGCUUUGGAACCAGAAGCUGCGUGGCCUGGCUUCCCUGUACAAGCAGGUGCGGCUGGACCCCCCCUGCACCAACUCCACCCCUUCCUCCCUGUACCUCAACAACCCCUACGUGAAGGCGGCGCUGCACAUCAGCCCACAGGCGCUCAACUGGACCAUCUGCAGCGCGGAGGUGAACCUGAACUACGGUCGACUCUACAUGGACGUCAGAAAGCAGUACCUCAAACUGCUGGGAGCUCUGAAAUAUCGCGUGCUGGUGUACAACGGAGACGUGGACAUGGCCUGUAACUUCCUGGGAGACGAGUGGUUCGUCGAGUCUCUGCACCAGCAGGUGGAGGUGAAGCGGCGGCCGUGGGUUUACAGCGACGCAGACGGCCAGCAGGUCGGUGGCUUCGUUAAAGAGUUCAACAACAUCGCCUUCCUCACCGUCAAGGGUUCUGGUCACAUGGUUCCUACAGACAAACCUGUCGCCGCCUACGCCAUGUUCUCCCGCUUCAUCAAGAGACAGCCCUACUAACCCCCUCCUACACACACACACACACACACACACACACUCUUUUUCUUCUUUGGAGACCAGACAGGAAGUUGAAUCGCCCCCCACACACACAUCCUAGGACAGGCUGUGUUGUCUCAGCCAAUCAGAUUCUGGUGUCUUGCACAUGCUCAGUUGCUCCUGGAGAGUGCUGACUGUUCGACCAGUCACCAUGGCAGUAUGUGGUUGCUAUGGUAACAUGCACUGCUGUUGAUUUAGUUUGACAUGAAGCUGCUGAUUUUUCUUUCUGACUUUAAUGAAUCAAAGGGAAUAAAAUGAA